CAACGCCAACGCCAACGCCAACGCCGACGACGACGACGGUGGUGACGGCGGAAGACGGACGACGAGAGUCGAGAGAAUGUUCUGGCGCCCGCUUAGUGCGCGUGCUUUGCUGCUAGAGGACAGUAGCUAGCGCGGUGACGUGCAGAGCCUCUCCGCUGCCGGAGGAAACGGUAAAGCAAGGGAAGGUAAGGGAACGGAAAAGGCAAAGAAAUGUGCAGGCGGAAAAGCACAAUAAGGCGAGAGAAGAAAAGAAAAGAGAGAUAAAGAGGUGGUGAGACAUGAGUGAAGAACACGGCGUCUGUCUGCGUCUGCGUUGCUUCCUGCAGAUGCAGAUGCGUCUGUCUGCCCCCACGCUCAGCCAGCCAGCCAGCCAGCCAGCCUUCCUUCUUCCUUCCAUCAGUCAGUCAGUCAAUACCAGCAUGCGCAUCAACAAAUCAGCCCUCCGUCCCGUUCCAUUCGCCCCCAUCACCAAUUCCCAAUUCCACAAUUCCUUCCUUCCUCCCAUUCCUUCCCGUCCGCAGCCCCAACUCCUCAUUUCCAAUUCCCAAUCUCAACAUCAAUUCCAAUUCCAUCCCACACCUUUCCAUUCAGCUCCCAGCCACGCCGCCACGCCAAACGCCACGCAAAAAAAAAAAAAAAAACGCCACUCUGCGGUCCAGCCCGCGAUAGCCUGCGUUGUGCAACUGUGGCUGCAGUUUGGCGGCGCGCGCACAGUGUCUAGGGCUGGCCCGCGGCUGGCCCGCGGCGUCUCGCGCUCGGUGGAAGGGAGAUUGCGUGCCUGUCUGCUGUGCGAGUAGUAGGUAUGCAUGGGUCAUGAUGGGGAUGCUUUUCUGCGCGUGCGCGCGUGCGUGCGUGCUGGGUCUGUGGUAUGGUAGCUGGACCCUGGUGUGGUGGCGAGCU